AUGGACGGCAGCCCGCAGAGACCGGCAACCCAGCGCUCGGCGUCCGCACCGAUGGCUGCGCACAGAACUUCAAGAGGUGCUAUGCGCGAUGCGUCGCCGCCGCGAACACCAGGGAUAGGACCAUCGAGGGCUCAGAAGGGCAAGACGUCGCUGCGCACGCUUGACACCCAGCGCGCGCCGGCAGCGCAAGAGACCUUCUUAGACGAUAGCACCCCAGUGGCUGGCCCAAGGUGGGAAGGGAGAGACCGGUACCGGGCCAGAGACUCCCACGACCUGUCCUUCAGCAAUAAUACCAGAUACUCGAUAGUGGACAACAUGCUCAUGUCGCUGGGCUCGCUACCGAACGGCAGCGCGUCAUACUCCGACCAGUUCGCGCAUUACAAGAAGUUCGAAGACUACGACUUCUCCAAUUCGAGUCCCACCUUCGCACCUCAGCACGCCGAUCGAUUCCCCGGCUAUACAUCCUCCCCUCUCCACACGGAAUACGAUCAGCCGAUGGGGAAUACUUCCAGCCGGUAUUCAAGGCAGCGCUCCCCUCGAGGCCGCAGAAGCAACAGUAGCUCUGAAUUCCGCGCUGGUCGCAGCAGGUUGGAUAGCGGAAGCUCCAAUGGCUACAAUACUGUGAAUGGGGCGACAGAAAAUUCGAGGAGAGGGACAAUAGCCGAUCAUAGCGCAUUAGGGCACGCUCGUGGGGGAGCAAAAAGGGGGAGCAAGAGCAGCGGAUCGUCAAGCGUGGAUUUUGCAUACAGCCAGGUAAUCGGGCCGAGUCGCCUUGGGAAUCGGUCGGCGAGCUUCGACCAGAGCUACGUAGAAAGGGCGCCGCGAAGUCCGCCCCAAAGGAUGUUGUCACACUCUGUGCUGGAUCGGGGACGGCCAAAAGUGGACGCCUACCGAGAGCUCGAUGACUUUUACAACGCGGCGCCACAGCCAACAGUGCCUACCGGGGCACGACGGCCUCAAGAACCGCCGACCUCACCUCCAGCUUUCUCAUCUCAACCGAUAUACGGUCCACUGGAAGCACCAGCGCCUCUGCCCAGGACGAGUAGUAAACCAGUCACAAGCAAUGGCUCCCGCAAUCCACCAUCAAGGGCCCCAGAGCCCCUCAACAUUCAAACAGCUGACACUGUCAACACCACCUAUUCCCGAACUCUACCUAUUCCCACAUUUACAGACCCACCGGCCCCAAGCCCGACCGUAGCCACGCGCAAACCUUCUGCUCCGAACCCACCGAGUACAAGCACACCCAAAGAGCGUCCGGGCUUCUUCAAGCGGAUGUUCGGAUCCUCCAAAUCCCAACCGUCUGGGUACUCUGAAAGUGCUCAGCACACCCCCCAUAUUAAAUCCCUCGACACAUCGCUAUCCGACAAUACCAUCACAUCCAGAUCGCAUGUCAACCAAACCCAAUCCUCUCAGCAAAAGGCGCUAUCAAAAGCCGCGUCUAAGGAAGCGACAAGCGUGUCGCAAGAACAGCCGCAAGCGGAGCCCGUCCGUCUGAAGAAGAAGCAGUCUUUCUUCAGGCGACGGAAGCUGUCGGUUGCAAGCCAGAUCCCACCACCCGUCCUUCCACUGCCCCUACAGCUUGCAAAGCCUGCGCAAACGAUGCCUAUACUGCCCAGCCCUUCGCGAAGCAGUUUGUUCAAAGUGAUGAAUCCGUAUCUGAGCGAAUCCAAGAGCCCGGUAAGCCCGGCGGAAGCGUACUUUGAUAGCCGGGAACACCAACCAAACACUGAGGACGAGGAAAACGAGCAACAACCGCACGGUUUCUCGCCGGGAUAUGCUCCACAUAAGGAUGCAGCCGUUCGUGCUGUCAAACCGGGCUCACGCGAUACUGACAGGAGCGUGCCGUCGAUCCGGGAUGAUGCGGUCAAAACAUCGCACUCGCCUGUCUCGGACUCGCCGAAACUCAAGCUGAAGAUGAAAACGAGUCGCACUUCUCGACUUCAACCACAAGAUCAAACGUUUCUUGCUGACAGCAGCGGUAAUGAAGAUAGAGAGGGAGAGCUUCAGUCUCAAGGUGUGAGCAGUCCAAGUUCCGGAUGCCCCGAGGAAGCGAGCAAAUCGCAGCUCAGCCCAGCAUCACCCACCUUCCAAUCGCAGCAGCAACCACAAUCCCUCAACUUCACGCCGCACCGAAAGACGGAUGUUGGUGAAAAGCGGACUGGAUUGCAAAGCCCAGAGCCUCUCGAGUUCAACAACUCACUACCUGCGGAGCUUGAAGAAGACGAAUGGGUAAUCACGACGCCGACACGGAAGGAGCCAUCGACAACAGCCACUUCGGGCAAGUACACUCGCGUCUGGCUCGCGCCUACCUCAUCGGAGGAGAAGCUCCGCGAAUUCUCCUACCUCUCCAUACCAAGUGAGAGUGCGACAACCUCAGACAAGCCCUCCCCUGCAAGCGAGAAUCCAUCGCCCAGCAUAACGAACGACGCCUUCCAGUCGGUAACCAGCUUGCCGGCCGUACACAUCCACGGUGACGGCGAUCCCGACCAUGCCGGCGAUGAUGAGGUCACAAUGGCCGCUGCUAACAGGGACGAGCCGACCGACGAGGACCGCACCACGGCGCUGAAGAUAUAUCACGGGGAGGAGGACUUCGUCAGCAAAGCGCGGGCAGCAGCUUGGCUGGGCGAGACUACAGCGCGGAGCGCCCGAACACGGAAGGCCUACAUGGAGCUUUACGAUUGGGCUGGACUCAAUCUUCUCUAUUGUAUGCGGGACCUCUGCGGCAAGCUGGUCUUGAAGGCGGAGACGCAGCAGGUGGACCGGGUGCUUGACGCAUUCUCGAGCAGGUGGUGCGAAUGUAAUCCUAAUCAUGGGUUCAAGGCGACCGAUGUUGUACAUACCAUCUGCUACUCGAUCCUCCUGCUCAACACCGACUUGCAUCUCGCGGACAUCGAGCAAAAGAUGACCCGCAGUCAGUUCGUCAAGAACACACUGCCUACCAUCCGCAGAAUAGCGAUAGAUGCAGCUCCUGAGGCGACGGAUGAGACAGUCCGAGCGCAAGGCACCAACCCUCGGGGCGCAAUGCCUUGGACCGAGCCAACGUCUCCCGGCCUGGAAUCUCCCACAAUCGAAGAGCGACCCUCACUAGAUGUCAAAAGAUCAAGGAACCGGCUGUCAAUGCGGCCACUACGCACCGACUCUGAUGGAGCAUCACCGGGACCCGACGGCACUCCAGCAGACAGCUGCAACGUGCUCAUCAAAGCGCCUUUUGAGGGCUCCCUGCGAAGCUGGGAAUUCCAAAUCGAGAUCGUGCUCAAGGAGUUCUACAACUCGAUCCGGCAGCAACGCUUGCCACUGCACGGUGCAAGACCCGAGCUCCUACCCGAGCCAUCGAGCAGCAACCUCUCCGUGCUCGCAGGUUCGAUGCUCCGCCGCACGCCUUCCGUGCUCAGCAAAGCGCCUUCCGAGAACCCCAGCUACCGCGGACGAGCCGGCGACUUCCGCAGCGCGACGUCCCGCUUCAACUCCAAAGGACGCUCGAAAGCCAAAGCAUACCCCGCCUCCACCAUCGGCUCCAGCCGCACCAGUCUCGAAGAAGCUUCAGUCUGGAGUCCCGCGGGCAGCAGCACCUGGAGCAAGUUCUCACUCGGCAAGACCCAACCCUCCAUGUCGAUGGAGUCACUCGGCUCCUUCUCCCACAAGGGCGACUACCAGCCCUCCUCGAUCGGCUUCGCCAACGCGUUGAGCCAGGCCAUCAUCCGCGAGGAGGGCACCACCGCCCCGGGCAGCCUCUCCGAAGAACCUCUCCGCGCAGCCCCGCUCCUCGAAGACGAAACCCUCGAGCUGGCCGGCUCGCCAUGGGCAAAGGAAGCGAUACUCAAACACAAAAUCCAUGGCGACAAGAAACUCAAGGAUCGCGGCUGGCACGACUGUUUCGCGGUGAUCGAGAAGGGACAUAUGCGCCUCUUCACCUUCAGCACCUCGACCAAGUCCGCGCGGCUCAAAGCCAAAGCCCGCAACGCGCCCGGCGGCAUCGUGGGCGGCGGGAACUGGACCGACAGCGCCGAGGAGCUUGCGGCGUUUUGCCUGCGCCAGACGCUCGCGAGCACGCUGCCGCCGCCCGGCUACUCGAAGGCGCGGCCGCACGUCUGGGCGCUGAGUUUGCCGACUGGAGCCGUGCAUCUGUUUGAGGUCGGCACGGAGGAUAUAGUGCGCGAGUUUGUGGACACGGCGAAUUACUGGGCGGCCCGCUUGAGCAAGGAGCCGCUUGUGGGCGGGGUCAGCAAUAUCGAGUACGGCUGGAGCGACGCCAUCGUUGGGCCUGUGGUGCAGAGGCGGCAGGAUAGUGCGCCUGAGGGAAGGGCGCCGGCGAGUAGCGAGGCGAUGUCGGUCAGGAGCGCGGAGUCGCUGGAGCAGGCUACAGGCUUGGCAUCUGCGAGAUCCAGACUGCCGGGGGAUAGGGCGACGCUCAGCGACUGGAAACAGCCGGCGAACAGCAUGAUGCCGAGUAACUUGAUGGAGGUGGACCAGCUGAAGGCACUGCGCGCGUAUGUCAAGAAUGUGGAGGAGGAGCUGGAGAGGCACAAUGAGCUUAGGGGCCCGAUGACGGUUGCGUUCUCCCCCCGCCACCCCAACGCCGCGAAAGCGAUGGCCAACUGGGAAGAAAAGUCCUCGUACCUGCUUCGCGAAAUCAUCAAGUUCAGCACCUACAUCGACGCGCUGACGGGCGCCCAGGCGCUCAAGGAGAAGAUCCAUGCGGAGCGAGAGGCUGCCGAGAUGGCGAAGACGGCGAAAGAGAAGGAGAAGGAGGUGCUGGAGGCGAAUGAGAUAGGGCCACGAGAAAGAGAUGACGAAGAGAAAGGCAUGUUGGACGUGCCUGUCCGAGAGGCGGACGGCGCGCUGGAUGCCUGA